AGGAAGGAAGCAGAGGAAGAAAGGAAAGGAGGAAUGAACAAGUCAAGCAAAGUUACUGGGGGACAAUUCAUUCAUUCAUCAAUCUACCCAUUCAAUCAUUCAUUCAACAAAUAUCUACUGAGUUCCUACCAGGCCCCGAUCUAGGCCCUAAGGAUACAAUUCGCAAGCUCAGGGGACCGGUGACUCACUCAGCGUUUCCAGGUGACUUUGGUGUGUGCAUAUGUAUGUGUACUGUACGUGUGCAAGGCCUUCUGUUUGCAAGGGCCUGCUGCCGGGGCACCUGUCUUCCCUGGGGCCUGGUGCUUUUAGCAUCUGUCCCUGGAUCCUGUUGCAGCCCGAAAUAAGGCUAUGAGCCACGACAAGGCAAGGACAACUCUCGUCAGCUGAGGCCAGAGCCAGAGGCACGGCAUACCCAGCUCACUGACGACCGCCUGCACAGACACCGACCACUCAACUCUCAGCUUCCCGACAGAGGUGUUAAUCUGAGGGUCUGACACUCCCUCCUGCCCACUGUGGUUCCAUCUCUCAGGAUGAUUCCCAAGGAGCAGAAGGGGCUGGUAAUGACUACCACGGGGGACCUCACUGAACCAGUCCCUUUGCUGGACCUGGGCAAGAAGCUGAGCGUGCCCCAGGACUUGAUGAUGGAAGAGCUAUCACUGCGUAACAACCGAGGAUCCCUCCUCUUCCAGAAGAGACAGCGCCGCGUGCAGAAAUUCACCUUUGAGUUUGCAGCCAGCCCGCGUGCGCCCGUGGCAGGAAGCGCCAAGGAGAAGGUGACUGGAACAGCGGAACCUGGGAUGGUUGCCAAUAGCUCCGAGGGGCAGAACUACCGCUCUGAGCUCCACAUCUUCCCGACCUCAGGGCACGGGGGCCCUGAGGAUGCCCAGCCCACAGCCGCCCGGCCAGUGAGUGCCCACAGCCCCAGUGCCCUGGCGCCAGGCUAUGCCGAGCCACUGAAGGGCGUCCCUCCCGAGAAGUUCAACCACACGGCCAUCCCCAAGGGCUACAGCUGCCCAUGGCAGGAGUUCCUCAGCUACCAGGACCACCUGGGCGAAGGCAGAAGUCAUACCCCCAGCCUGGCGGAGUAUCGAAAUUUCAACAAGACACCAGUGCCCUUUGGAGGAGCCCUGGUGGGGGAAACCAUUCCGAGGGCAGGCACCCCCUUCGUCCCGGAGCUCACCAGUGGCUUGGAACUCCUCCGCCUCAGACCCAGCUUCAACAGGGUGGCCCAGGGCUGGGUCCGCAACCUCCCAGAGUCUGAGGAGCUGUAGCCCCAGCCGCUUCAAUUCCCCCAUCUCAGAGUUCGGGUAACACCUGGAGCCAAGACUCGUGGACAGCACUUCACAGUUUACGAAGGGCCAUCACACACAAAUGGCCUCAAAGGUCACGAAGUUCAGCAGUUCCCAAAUGUGGUGUGCUUCAAAAUUACCUGGAGGUGUUUUAAUACAGACUUCUGGCCCGUCCCAAACCUGCAGCAUCAGAAUCUCCUGAGUGGAGGGUCUCUAUAGUAACCAGUACUCCCAGCUGAUUCCAGGAAAACUCGUCCCCGGUUUGUAUCUUUAGGAAUCCAAACCACCAAUGACUUCACGUCCAAGCCUCCACUCUUUCCUGCUCCUGUAGUCUAGCUACGCUGCCCCAAUGACAGGGAGCUCGCUAGCCGCCUAUUUACCUGUGAAUCACUCUGAUAAUUAGAUUUUCCUUUUACUGAGACACAGAUGGUCCUUAUUUACGCUGUUAACAUUUACUAAGCACCAACUGUGUGCUAGCCGCUGGGCCAGCUCCAGGGAGAGGGUGUGGUAAGCCCAGGCCCUAGCCUAGGGAGGAAAAGACAGUAGAGGAGACAGAUUUGUAAAGCAGGAAGUCAUCUUAAUUUUCCCUAAAGCACGCUAGUUGACUACUGAGGAACAAAGUACCAGUGAAGCAGAGGAGGGGUUCUCUAACCCUGCGUGUGGGGUGGGAUUCUGGGAAGCUUCCCAGAGGAUUCAAGUGGGGCCGCAGAGGAGUGACAGUCCCUCAAGGGAAGGGGGUGUGAUGGGGAGAGUGUGAUGGGGAGAGUGUGAUGGGGAGGGCAUUCCUGGCAAGUGCACAGCAAGGGCAAAGGUACAGAAUUGUCAUGGGGGCAGGUGUUGUGGAGAAGGGAGAUGGCAAUGUCAGAGGAGUCAGUGACUCCUCAGGGGGCCAGAGUGGGGUGGGCUGCACUAAGGAGAUGGGGAGGUUCUUAGGCUGGAGAGCAAGGGGUCUCGCUGGUGCAGCACAGACUGGAGAGGAGUACAGCUGGACGCCAGGAUCCUUGAAGGAACAAGGCCUGGACUAGGGAGGCGGCCAUGGGGUCAGAAAGAAGGGGCAGCGCUCGGCACCUCACAGGACAGGUGCAGAGUAGGGUGCUUACAAGGACGACCCCUUUCCAGCCCCUUCCACUCACCAUUUAGAGCAGGCGCCAGGGUAGAUCUUGUGCUAGUCUCCGCCAGGAGUUUUUCGGCCUGUAUGCUGGCUCGUUAGGAAGAGAAGGGCAAGGAACGCCUCCCUGCAGGUGGUGGUGAUGAUGAUGAUUGUGGCUGCUUCUUAUUGGGUGCCUCAGGGCUUGGGCCGGUAGUAGGUUCUCUCCAUACCCCAUUUCUAAUUUUCAGUACAACCUUGAGACAAAGGUACGGUCCAGUCUUACGGAUGUGGAUAUUCAGGCUCACAAUGGGGAAGUGACUUGUCCAGGGACAAGUGGGGAUCUGUCCGAUUCCAGUGGAUGUUUCUUCUCACCCCACUGGGCGGCCAAGCCCAUUCACUCUGGAAUCACCUAGUCAUGGUGCCCUGCUUUAGAGUUUAGAGGUUAAGAGUACAGGCUGGGGCUCAGACUGGAUGGGGUGGGUUCUAAUGCCACCACUGGCUGUGUGAACUCAAGUCAUUUCUCGCCUGUGGGCCUCUAAUUCUCUACCUGUAAGAUGAGGACGAGAGUAGAAGGCCCUGCAUAGAGUUUUGUGGGCAUAGUGAUGGACACAUACCUGAUAAGCACUCAAUCGUUAUCAGAUUCCAUGCAGCUACUACUCUUGGCUGAUAAGAUGUUCCUGCAGUGAGUGCACCCUGAGAAGCAGGCUCGUGGAAAUGUCACUGGGGGUCCGUAAAGCUGAAACCUGAAGGAAAGCCUCUGAUCACCGUAGGGCUCUUUUGGACAUGGCUCACCUCCUUCCCCGCUGCUUCCCUCUGUCUCCACCCUGACGCCCUCUCCUGGGGAGAUGAGAAGGCUGGGAAUCUAGCUGGUUCCCAGGUGCACGGGAUAGUGGUUGCGUUUUCCUUUUGCUCUGGAGUUUCACUCUGCCCCACACAGUUUCAAGGGGCCAACAGCUGACUCAGAUUUGCUUGCAGUUGAUGUGUUGGCUUGAAUUCGGGGGCUUCCAUUUAAAGUCAUGUUUCCAAGAGCUGAAAGCCAACCAUUGAAGUGUCUGAAACAGAAGAGAGGAUUUGGUCUGCCUUGGGUUGGCUCUGCUGUGCCCUGAGGGUAAUGGCAGCCACCAGGGACAGAAGAGGAGAGACUGGUAGGGAGCCUGCUGCACCCCAAAGUAAAUUCUCAUUCCUUCCUUAUUCUGAUGUGACUUUUGCUGAUGUUGUUUAAAAAAAAAAAGCCUACUGUAAAAAUAAAUAAAUGAAGAAGUAAAAUGUGAAGGUAUCUGCCCACAUAGCUCCUCCCAUGCACAUACAUAGACUUUCCCACUCUCCUGCAUUCUGCCCCGUUCCCAUAUACCAGAGGUAACCAGUGGUAAUAGUUUGGUCACUCUAGAAUUCUAGACUUAUUUGAAUAAAUAUUUACAUGUAUAUAGAUGCAUAAAUACAAAGAUAUAUCUUUCUUUUAAUGGGAUCAUACGGUAUUUGUUGUUCUGUAUUUUGCUUCUUCAUUCAACAAGUAAAAUUUCGAUCCUGAAAAAGCAGGUCAUUAACCUUUCAUGUAAUUUGGGGGCCUAGUAGGCCCUUCAUAUAAACUCUAUGCUUUGGCCUGUUUUUGUUCUAUACAUGAAUGAAAUCAGACCGUGACAUGGAAAUGAAAAGGGCUGAGAAUAGCCCAAACGUUGGGAAACCUGACAAUAGACAUGGCAGUUCACAUCAGUGAAUAUCAAUGAACUACAGUUACAUACAACAAUAUGGAUGCAUCUCAGAAACAAAAUGGUGAGCAAAGGAAGGCACAUAUACAAACAUAUGUUUACUAAUGCAAGGAGGUGUUGAAUAUAAAAGUCAGGAUGGUGGUACUUUGGAGGAAGAAAGGUUUGUGAUUGUGAAGGGACAUAAUAAAAUGCUUCUGGGGAAAGCUGGACUAUUUCUAGAUCUGUGUGAUUGUUACACAGAUAUUCACUUUAAAAUAUUUAACUUAGUUGUGCUUCUGUGUUUAUGCACUUUUUCUGUACAUGAGUUACAUUUUACCAAGACAAUCCCUCCUUUUAAAAAAGUUAAUGGGGGACUUCCCUGGUGGCACAGUGGUUAAGAAUCCGCCUGCCAAUGCAGGGGACACAGGUUCAAUCCCUGGUCUGGGAAGACCCAACAUGCCACAGAGCAACUAAGCCCGUGUGCCACAACUACUGAGACUGCACUCUAGAGCUUGCGAGCCACAACUGCUGAGCCCACGUGUCACAACUGCUGAGGCCCACGUGCUUGGAGCCUGUGCUCCGCAACAAGAGUAGCCACCGCAAUGAGGAGCCUGUGCACUGUAAUGAAGAGUAGCCCCCGCUUGCCGCAACUAGCCCCACACACAGAAACAGACCCAAUGCAGCCAAAAAUAAAUAAUAAAUAAAUUUAUUUUUUAAAAAGUAUACAAAUAACAAAUGCUGGAGAGGGUGUGGAGAAAAGGGAACCCUCCUACACUGUUGGUGGGAAUAUAAGUUGGUGCAGUCACUGUGGAGAACAGUAAGGAGGUUCCCCAGAAAACUAAAACUAGAGUUACUGUAUGAUCCAGCAAUCCCACUCCUGAGCAUAUAUCUGGCCAGAACUGUAAUUCAAAAAGAUACAUGCACCCCAAUGUUCAUAGCAGCUCUAUUCACAAUAGCCAAGACGUGGGAACAACAUAAAUGCCCAUUGACAGAUGAAUGGAUAAAGAAGAUGUGGUGCAUAUAUACAAUGGAAUACUACUCAGCCAUAAAAAAGUGAAAUGCCAUGUGCAGCAAUAUGGAUGCAACUAGAGAUUAUCAUACUAAGUGAAGUAAGUCAGAAAGAAAAAUACUGUAUGAUAUCACUUGUAUGUGGAAUCUAAAAUAUGACACAAAUGAACUUAUCUACAAAACAGAAACAGAUUCACAGACGUAGAAAACACACUUGUAGUUACCAAGGUGGGGGCGGGGAGGGUUGGACUGGGAGUUUGGGGUUAGUGGAUGUAAACUAUUACAUAUAGAAUGGAUAAAUAACAAGGUCCUACUGUAUAGCACAGGGAACUAUAUUCAAUAUCCUGGGAUAAACCAUAAUGGAAAAGAAUAUAAAAAAGAAUGUAUAUAUGUAUAUAACUGAGUCACUUUGCUGUACAUCAGAAAUUAACACAUUAUAAAUCAACUAUACUUGAAUAAAAAUAAAUUUAAGAAAUCACCAUUACUCAGUACAAAAA